UUUACGUUUUUAUGCUUUCUAUGGAUUUUCUGUGAACUUGUAUAUGUUUUAUGCUCUUAUCAUCAGGAGAGAAGAUAGUUUACCAGACGUUAGGUACCUUUUGACCGAAUCAUUCUAGAUUAAUUGUAGUGAAGUGCAAUGUUUUAGAAUGGCAGCAGAAUUUUUGGCCGAAAAUAAUGUGUGCGGGCAAACGAUCCUGCAGAUUGUGGCCGAGGGCAACACCAUUAUAUGUGAGCUGCUACGGUUGAAGGAAUUCAUACCGGAGGUUUUCUGCUUAAAAACCAAAGAAGAACAAAAAUAUUCCGAGAUAAUUAUGGAUUUUAGCUAUUUUCAAAUUUCCGACGCACAGGAAGCGAAGAUUGAAGCUGACGAUAAACUCCAGGCGUUGGAUGAGGAAAUACGCGAAAGCUAUCUUGUCAUAUUGAACAGAUUCUACAUUGUGUUUGAAAGUAUUCACAAAUAUAUCAAGGAAUUGAAUUGCUUUAUUGAUGAACUGAGCACCGGAAUGUUCAUACAGCAAUCGAUGGAAAAGGUGUUUCAGGAUGAGGAAGGAAAACAGUUGAUGUGCGAGGCCCUUUAUUUGUACGGCGUGAUGCUGCUCGUGGUUGAUCUGCAGAUCCCCGGUAUGGUUCGUGAGCGUCUGCUUGUAGCUUAUCAUAGAUACAGCGCUCUGAAAACGGACGGAGACAGCAAUAUUGACGAGGUUUGUAAACUUCUUCGCUCCACCGGUUUCAACGAGGGCUCCAACGUCAAAAAAAUAUCAAACUAUCCAGAAGACUACUUCAAUCGAGUCCCGCUAAAUGCGAUCUACGUGGAAAUGGUUAUCGGUAGGCUUCGUUCGGAUGAUGUGUAUAACCAGAUAUCAGUCUAUCCUCUACCGGAACACCGCUCGACGGCGUUGGCCAAUCAGGCAGGAAUGUUAUAUGUGUGCCUAUUUUUUGCUGCAAAUGCGUUGCACAACCAAGCGGCUCGAAUGCGGGAGAUUGUAGACAAAUUUUUCUCGGAUAAUUGGAUCGUGUCGUUCUAUAUGGGCAUAACUGUUAAUUUGCUGAAUGCAUGGGAUCCUUUCAAAGCAGCCAAAUCUGCAAUGCUCAACACCUUCGACAACACAAAUUUGAAGGAAAUUUGCACCCAACAAAAACGAUCAAUGGAAACAUUAUUGAUUCGGACUAGAAAUAUUCUAAAGGAAGGGAACCUGACCGAGCAGAAACUUUUGGAUAGCAUUCCUAAAGUUACGGCACUGAUACGAGAGUGCAACAUAACCGUCCGCUGGGUUAUGUUACACACUGGUCAACCUGUGAUCGACAUCGGUAGUCCUGCUUCCAUCAAAAAGUGUCAACAAGUGAAAGCACUAAUUGAGAGUGAAAUUAAUUUCAAAGGGAUAGAAUUUUUCGAAUUGCUCUUGAACACUGCGCAGCUAGAAGUGAGAAUUAGAGAAAUAUUUAAAACUAUCCUAGAUGAAAGGGUGAAGAGGUGGGAUAGCUUCAAAAAAGAAUCAUGUGAAAGGAUUCAAGAUUUGGUUGAUGCAUAUUCGGGGGUAAGGCCUUUUGGAAAGAUGAAAAAGAAUGACAGCUUGUGCAAAUGGUUUUUAAACAUACAGAAAGAAAUCAGUAUGCUUAGCAAUGAGGAUAAAAAUUUAAGCAUUUCCGGAAGAACAAUCAUUCAGCUGAUUCAAGCGUUGGAGGAAGUGCAGGAUUUCCACGAUCUCAAUAAGAAUAUGCAAGUAAAACAAAAUAUGCUUGAGACGCGGCAAUUUCUUCACCAAAUGUUUCACACCAUAAGCAUAAGGGAAGAUGAUUUGAUCAAUUUACAAUUGAUCGGCGAUUUCAGCUAUGCUUGGAGACUGAUUGAUAGUUACGCCCCAAUGAUGCAAGAAAAUAUUAAAAAGCAGCCAAGUUUAGUUAUAAAACUGCGAUCAACUUUUCUGAAGCUAGCCUCUGCUUUAGAGAUCCCGCUUUUACGACUUAACCAAGCGGAAAGCGAAGAUCUGAUGGAUGUUUCGAAAUACUACAGCAAUGAAUUGGCUAAUUUCGUCCGGAAGGUGGUUCAGAUCAUUCCAGAAACUAUGUUUUCCAUACUUGCACAGAUAAUCGAACUGCAAACGAAUGUAAUAAAACAAAUUCCAACGCGAUUGGAAAAGGAAAAAAUGAAGGAAUAUGCUCAGCUGGAAGAACGCUUCUUGAUCGCCAAACUGACCUAUUCGGUGUCGACUUUCACUGAAGGAAUACUAGCAAUGAAAACAACACUGGUUGGGGUUGUUGAGUUGGACCCGAAGCAACUACUGGAAGAUGGCAUACGGAAAGAGUUUGUAAAAAAUGUGUCUGAUGCUUUUCAUAAAAACCUUACCUUCAACGGUAAAGCGAAGGAAUCCGAAUUGGACACCAGAUUGGCUUCACUUCAUAAAAUUAUCGAUGGAUAUAAGCGAUCCUUUGAGUAUAUUCAGGAUUACCUGAAUAUUCAUUGUUUGCGUGUUUGGAACGAGGAAAUGCAACGGAUUAUCAAUUACAACGUACAACGCGAAUGUAAUCCAUUCAUAAAAAAUAAAAUUCAGGAAUGGGAUUCGGAGUAUCAGAGCAGUACGAUACCAAUACCAAAUUACGAGCCUGUCGAUAUGGCUUCGGUAACAUUUGUGGGUCGGUUGGCACGAGAGAUAUUAAGAAUUACUGAUCCCAAAACUACAGCUUACAUUGAGAUCUGCACUACAUGGUACGAUCAGAAGACGCACAAAAGUGUUCUGACCAACAAGUUUGCUAGCCGAAUAAUCGAAACACUAGGACCGCCCGGUCUAAUUGGUCUGGAUAAGUUAUAUUCCUUUCUGAUAGCAACAGAGCUGGAAAACUUUCUGAUGACAAUACACCGCAAGUUACAACAGGAAACUGUUUGGUAUGACGCGUUGAGUAACGUCGAAGCAGAGUUACACAAAUGUGACUUUGUGGAAAACCCUACCAAAACCUAUGCAAGCCUUACGGUCAAUUUUACCCGUAUUUGGUCUCAACUGCAAGACUGGAUUCUGAAAAUAGGUCAGAAACAAAUCCUUCGAAAACAUAUUGCUUUCGAGCUGAAUUGCAGCUGCAAGCUAAAGUCCACAAAGCUGGAAUCGUCUUUACGGGCUCUGAAUGAUGCCAUACUAAUGGACGUGAAGCGUCAUUCGAUGGAUGACGCAAAACCUCUUCCCAGUUCCGAUUUAGUAUUCGAACUAAGCAAAUACUUGGAAUGCGGUGGGUUAUAUGAUCCGCAUCGAAAGAUGUACUCCAACACUAGAAGUCCACAAUACUUGUCAUUGUUGGUAUUUUUGUUUGUGAUCGCACAUCUACCACGGUUUCAGUAUUUGAAGAAUGUGGACAGUUUGAUUGCGAAGAAGAAAAACGAUGCAAUUGACGGGUUUCCUUGUCUUGUAGGGUUACUAGCGAUUUUCAGACAGUUUCAGGACGGUGAACUAAACCUAUUCAUUCAGUAUAUGUGCCAGUAUGUGAUGUCGUUCGUGGAUGCUAAUUUAAAGGCAAAGCAGGAAAUUUGCAUAGAAGCUGUUAUGGCCAUACGGUUUUUGGAGAUAUUUACUCGAAUAGCAGAGAUACAGCGCCAACAACUAGAGCAAUACAUUCCAGAUUCGGUUUUAAACCAAUACGAGUUUCUGUCAGGCGGAAAAUCUUGACCUUCGCAGGAUUGGUGGUGCUUCGGAAACUAGACUUUCAAUGAGUGUUCUCCAACUUAUAACCGCACGUUAGUCUUAUGUAGACAGGGCACCAGAUAGAGCAUAAGAGAAUUAUGCAAUUAUAGGUAGUUUAUGUACUAUGCCAUAAAACGUACUCUUCAUCUCAAAGUUUCUUUUUUAUAUUUUAUGAUUAUCAUCAUCGCGGUCGUACAAUAACCGAAUGUUCCCCUGUACUGUUACCGAUUCGACAGCUGGCUUCAUUUUCCAAGCAAAAAAACAUCUUACUUUGUUGACCCCUGUUGAAAGUAAUCCAAUACUGUUGUCAAUAUGUUAGUUUUAUACUGCACUGAAAAUUUUGCUAGAAUUGUCUCGAAUACGCAGAUUAGAUUAGGAUUUUUCAUGUAAAAGAGUCGAGACUAAUGUGGAUGUGGUGGAAGUGUGGAAACGGAAGUUUUAUUUUCACCAUAUGAUUUAUGUGCUCCGGAUAGAUAGCAUAAAAGUUACGUUGACAGUCAUCAUUUAUAUUACACCUAAACUACCGCUAGAAGCAUAAUUGUCCCAUGUGUAUAGG